AUGCAGGAGGUUUGUGAAGUAUAUGAAGUAAGCAAAAUACAAGAAGUUAGCAAAGCACGUAAAGUAAGCGAAAUAGGAGAUGUCAGUGAAGCACGUGAAAUCAAUGAAUCAGGGGAAGUAAAUGAAUCAGGUGAGGUAAAUGAAUCAGGAGAAGUAAAUGAAUCAGACAAAGUAAAUAGAUCAGGCAAAGUAAAUAGAUUAGGCGAAGUAAAUGAAUCAGGCGAAGUAAAUGAAUCAGGCGAAGUAAAUAAAUCAGGUGAAAUAAAUAGAUCAGGCAAAGUAAAUGAAUCAGGAGAAAUAAAUGAAUCAGGUGAAGUAAAUAAAUCAGGUGAAGUAAAUGAAUCAGGCAAAAUAAAUGAAUCAGACAAAAUAAAUGAAUUAGGCGAAGUAUAUGAAUUAGGUGAAGUAAUUGAAUCAGGUGAAGUAUAUGAAUUAGAUGAACAAACAAGUAAUGAAGAGCAAACAAGUAAUGAAGAGCAAAUAAGUAAUGAAGAGCAAACAAGUAAUGAAGAGCAAACAAGUGAUGAAGAGCAAGAGUAA